GUGCUCCGGGCCGCACGCGGGUGCCGGGCGGCACGUUCCCGCGGGGCCGUGGGCAGCCCAGGACCGUGUCGGGGCGCAGUGGGCGCCGCCCUCCGCCCUCCCGCUAGUAGGCCGAUUCCGGUGCUUGCAUCCGGCAGGGAGAUGGUCGUGCUUCCCGUGCCCGCCGAAGUCACCGUCAUCCUGUUAGAUGUCGAAGGUACCACAACCCCGAUUGCUUUCGUGAAGGACAUUUUAUUUCCUUACAUCAAAGAAAAUGUUAAAGAGUAUCUGCAGACACACUGGGAAGAAGAGGAGUGCCAGCAGGAUGUCAGUCUUUUGAGGAAACAGGCUGAAGAGGAUUCCCACCUGGAUGGGGCUGUUCCCAUCCCUGCCGCAUCUGGGAAUGGAGCAGAUGACCUGCCGCAGAUGAUCCAGGCUGUGGUGGAUAAUGUGUGCUGGCAGAUGUCUUUGGACCGAAAGACCACAGCACUGAAACAGCUGCAGGGCCACAUGUGGAGGGCAGCAUUCGCAGCUGGACGCAUGAAAGCAGAGUUCUUUGAAGAUGUAGUUCCAGCAGUCAGGAAAUGGAGAGAGGCUGGAAUGAAGGUGUAUAUCUAUUCUUCAGGGAGUGUAGAGGCCCAGAAGCUAUUAUUUGGGCAUUCUACGGAAGGAGAUCUUCUUGAGCUUGUUGAUGGUCACUUUGAUACCAAGAUUGGACACAAAGUGGAGAGUGAGAGUUACCGAAAGAUUGCAAACAGCAUUGGGUGCUCAACCAACAACAUCUUGUUUCUGACAGACGUUACUCUAGAGGCCAGUGCUGCCGAGGAAGCAGACGUGCAUGUCGCUGUGGUGGUGAGACCUGGCAAUGCAGGGCUGACGGAUGAUGAGAAGACUUACUACAGCCUCAUCACAUCCUUCAGCGAGCUGUACCUGCCCUCCUCAAGCUAGAGCAGGCGCUGGAAGGAAGACCAGCCUAUCCUCGCAGAGUUCUCUCUAUAGUCUAGUUUUAUUCUAAUGGUGAAAGUAACUUACUUUAAAAUAUAUAUAUAUAUAUACACACACAUAGGUAUGCAAGUGUAUAUAUGGGUGUGUUUCAGUUGCCUUUCACAGGCACACAAGUGAAAAAAAAAAUCUCUGUUCAGUGAAAAGGAAACUUAUUUAAAGAUACUUUCUACAUAGAAAUUGAUUGAAACCAUGACUCUAACCCUUACUGAGGGCAAAACAAAGCUGAUAGAAGAAUUACUUCAAUUCAGGUCACACGUGUUAGGUUUAUCAAGUUGUGUACCAAAAUGGAAAGAUAGGUUUGAGAAGUUACUCAGAAGCCUUGUUAUUUUAAAAACUGGAAGUAUAUCACAGACUUAUUCCUAAUAAUUCAUUCUCCUUUUAAAUUAUGAGUUAGAAGAUUGUGACAGCUGAAUUUCAAAAUCUUAGCCUCCCGGUGUACAAUAGACAAAGCUAUUUGUUUCUGUUCCAAAAGAGAGCAAAAUUGGGAAAAGAAAUUCAUUUGAGUCUUGAUGAAGCAAGUACCUAUUACUAAAGAAACUUGCUAAUAAUCAUCAUGGCACCCCUAGCAAGCGGUGGUUGCCUUACCAAUGAAAAUGGUGCAUUGAUAUAACAACUAAAAUAGGAAUGUGAUUCUUAAUGUUUAAUGGAAUAGUCCUAAUCCUGCCAGUUGUUACCAUUAUAGAUUUUAUAGUUGCCUUUCUAACUACUUUUUAGCACAGUUUGAGAAUAUAUGUUGCUAUUUACUAUUGAAAAACAAAAGAUUUACUGAAAUCCUUCCAUAAGAUCCUUCUAGAAGAGCCCUAAUAAUGUAAUAUUUUCCUCUGAAAUGGAUGCAAAGAGUGUAAAUUUUAUAACAGCAUUAUUUAUCCUGGUUCAAUCCUAAUGGAAUGUUAUGUCAGUUUUACAUUGUGCUUAAUAAAAACUUUUUCUUCCUCA